UAACAAUAGCCUGGAAUCGGCAACUUUACUCUUGAAAAAAAGAUCCAGCCAGGAGGGCGACAGAGCGGAGCUGAUCCGGGAGGAGAACAGAGUUUGGCCGAUACAUGAGACGCUUGUGUCCCGGUAUCAGAAAAUUAUCACGGCGGAUUUUCUCCUUUUUGAAACGAGUCAAGUGGAGCGGCCGGCUGCAGCCUAGCUGAAGAUGUCUGAUAAUGGGGAGGUCGAGGACAAGCCCCCUGCUCCGCCCAUGAGGAACACCAGCACCAUGAUUGGCUCCUGCAACAAGGACCCCGCGCCGCUCAACCACGGCUCCAAGCCCCUCCCACCCAACCCGGAGAAGAAAAAGGACCGCUCAAUCCGGUUCAUCCUGACGGGGGGCGGCGACAAGACCUAUAAGAAGAAGGAGCGUCCCGAGAUUUCCCUGCCGUCUGAUUUUGAACACACCAUCCAUGUUGGCUUCGAUGCCGUUACCGGGGAAUUUACUGGCAUGCCUGAGCAGUGGGCACGGCUCCUGCAGACGUCCAACAUCACCAAACUGGAGCAGAAGAAGAAUCCUCAGGCGGUCCUCGAUGUUCUAAAGUUCUACGACUCGAAAGAAACAGCCAACAGCCAGAAGUACAUGAGCUUCACAGAUAAAAACGCAGAUGCCUACAGCUCCUCCACCACGACGAGCUCCAAGGCUGUGUCAGAGACGCCCGCCAUAUCGACCGUAUCCGAGGACGACGACGAAGAUGAGGCCGAGCCCCCGCCGGUGAUCGCCCCCCGACCAGAGCACACCAAAUCCAUAUACACUCGCUCGGUGAUCGAGCCCCUCCCCCCCGCUCCUCCCACCAAAGAUGCCGCAACCUCGCCCAUCUCCCCGCCGCCAUCAGCCUGCGCCGCCGCUGCCAUCCCCCCCGCCCCUCCCUUGGAGGGAGCUCCCAGCAGCCCUCCCAGUGCGAGCCCCGCCCCCGGGCCCUCAGUGCCCCGCCCCCUGGAUAAAACCAGGAAGAAGAAGAUGUCGGACGAGGAGAUCCUAGAGAAACUACGCACGAUCGUGAGUGUGGGCGACCCCAAGAAGAAAUAUACGCGCUUCGAGAAGAUCGGACAGGGGGCGUCCGGGACGGUGUACACGGCUAUAGACAUCGCCACGGGACAGGAGGUUGCCAUCAAACAGAUGAACCUGCAGCAGCAGCCCAAGAAGGAGCUGAUCAUCAAUGAGAUUCUGGUGAUGAGGGAAAAUAAGAACCCAAACAUAGUCAACUACCUGGACAGCUACCUGGUGGGUGAUGAGCUGUGGGUGGUGAUGGAGUACCUGGCGGGAGGUUCGUUGACUGACGUCGUCACGGAGACCUGCAUGGAUGAAGCCCAGAUAGCUGCUGUGUGCAGAGAGUGUCUCCAAGCGUUGGAGUUCCUCCACUCGAACCAGGUCAUCCAUCGAGACAUUAAAAGCGACAACAUCCUGCUGGGCAUGGACGGCUCCGUCAAACUCACGGAUUUCGGGUUCUGCGCCCAGAUCACUCCGGAGCAGAGUAAGCGCAGCACCAUGGUGGGGACGCCAUACUGGAUGGCACCCGAAGUCGUGACCCGCAAGGCCUACGGCCCUAAAGUGGACAUCUGGUCCCUGGGCAUCAUGGCCAUAGAGAUGGUGGAGGGGGAGCCGCCGUACUUGAAUGAGAACCCGCUGAGGGCACUGUAUCUCAUAGCAACCAACGGGACGCGAGAGCUGCAGAACCCAGAGACGCUGUCGACGACGUUCAGGGACUUCCUGAACCGAUGUCUGGAGAUGGACGUUGAGAAGAGGGGGUCAGCAAAAGAGCUGCUGCAGCACCAGUUUCUGAAGAUGGCGAAGCCCCUCUCCAGUCUGACUCCUCUCAUCGUGGCCGCUAAGGAGGCGGCCAAGAACAACCGCUAGAGAGCCCGCCCCCUCUGUCUGCCACUCCUCCCACCUCCUUCCUCCUUAUUCUCAUCUAUCCAACUGCAGACAGGGGGGCAGCAAGGCCUCCGCGCCAUUCUUUUUUUCUUUUACCACCUGCACCGACUGCUCUUUCCCCCCGUGUGACCUUUGACCGUUGGAGCUUGAACUCACAGAGAGGAAGAUGGGAGAUUUGUUCCUGUGACUCUCUGUCUGCUGGACUCGAUCACGAGGACAAGACAGUAUCUUUGAUCAAGUGAUGUCAUAGCUUACAUCAUAGCCCCCGGAGCCGGUAUGAACAACCCAGAAGGAGCGAGAGAGGGAGAAAGAAAGAGAGAGAGAGAGAGAGAGAGAGAGUGCUUCAAAAGAGCCCAAAGACUCUUAGGAGUUUAAAAAAAAACAUUUGUCUGUCGUUUUUUUUUAAAAGACCAUGACAGCCAACCAGCACCCUCAGCUGCAGACGGGGUGUGUGUGUGUGUGUGUGUGUGUGUGUGUGUGUGUUAACUAAGGUUUCAGCUUCCUGUCACCCGUCUAUGGCUUUCAGUCUGAGUUAUUUCCUUCUAAAGUGCAUUUGUUGAUUUUCUUUUUAUCUUUAUCUGUCUUUUUUUAAAUCAGUAGUUCUGUGUGUUAGUGAGUUUUGUCAACCUGAUUAAGUUCAUGUUAACAUCGCCUUCAAUAGUUUUUUGGCACGGAGCAGGCGAGGUACUUUGUGGCGUCUGCGCUGUUAGUAGGAGGAUGUUAAUAGGAGUUAUAAAUAAGUAGAGGCAUGUCGGCCCACAGCCGUCGACGGACCGAGUUUGGACGCUUUGGAGGUUUGGAGCCAUUUCUUCCCAGUAGAAUGAAACGUUUUCUAUCGCUUAUUAGCUUGUGUAAAUAAUUCACACUUGCUAAAUGAAUAAUAGAUGUAGAAAUACACCCCUUUGAUGGUGUCUGUCUUCAGCUAGAAAAGAACAAAAGAAAAGAAAAAAGGAAACCGAUGGACUCAAACCUCGUUCUUAUUUCACUUUUUUCUUUAAUUAAAAAAAAAAGCAAUUACAAUCGCAUGACGGUAGCAAAAAUAAAUUAAGUAUUUUCCAGGAGAGAGAAGCUUUAUUGUCACAUUGUCUUGAAAUGACCGAUGCACACAGCAGCAAAACAAUUUGCUUCUGCUUACUGCAUGCCGACAGUGAUUGACAGUUCGCUACCAGAGACGUACACGCCGUCUCUUCGUCACGGUUGGGAAAUAAUAACAUGGCGAGUUUGCGGUAAUCCAAGAUGGCGACGGCUAAAUAGCUGAUGAAAUGGGCUUUUUUACCCAUAAUCCACUCGGCCAAACUCGCUCCAUCUGCAGCUCUGGGACGUCACUGUCUGAGGGUGUUGAAGGCGAGAAUGUGCAUGAUAACAACCCUUUUUUAAAUACGGUACGUUUAAUGGCGUCAGUGCUGAAGCGCCAAGUGAAGCGGUACGAAGGUGCUUGUGGACGACAGAAGAGAUUGAAUCUUCAUCCAAUUGUGAAGAAGAUGAGACGAAUCACUGCUGCGAUGGUGCGUUGUUAUAUUCUGCCCGGUGGCCCGUGUGGACCUCCGGGAGGCCUCUGAAGAUACGGUGUAUAUUUUCCAUGAAAAAAAAGAGAAAAAAAAUCGCUGAUAAGAAACAACGCUUUCAGCCUCCGUUUACAAACCACUGUUUUUUUUAGAAUCAAUGUUGUAAAAUUACUUUUUUUUUAAAUUUGGAUACCAGGUUUGAAUAUUUGUUUUGGGUUUCAUAUUUCCUGCUGAAAGACUUUUUCUUUCUGGCUAAAAAAGUCACAGGUUAAAAUCCAGGAAAGAGCCAAAGCUUCCAUCGACAGUUCGCUCUGCAUUUAAAAAAUGCUGCAAUCCAAAUAGAAGAUUUCCAAAACAUCUAUUCAAAGCUGUCAGUUCCCUUUCUGCUGAUUAUGUACCUCUGGCCUUAAUCUGUUUCAAAGGUGAAACACUACCUGAAAAACAAUUUGAGGCAACUAGGGAUUAUUUAGAUUAUUCAUUCAUCUGCUUAUUGUUGUGUUAAUUGAUUUGUGACAAACGGUUAAAAUCUCAGAGUUCAAGGUGAUGUUUUCAAAUGGCGACCAACGCCACAAACUCACUUUGUCUUCAUGUAAAAUAGUAACAGCAAAAUGAUGGUUGUGUUUUCUUAAUAUUAUCCAGCUAUUGGCAGAUGAAUCCUCAGAUCAUCUAAUCUGCAGAGUAAACCACAUCUGAACUCUGAAACGGUGACUGUUUCCCACGUGUGUUUGUGAGUCCUGGUCUGGACUGACCCCCCCCCACCAUAUUAUUUUGGAUCAAUAAGAAACAAAUAACGCAAGAUAGAUCAUCAGAUUUAGGAUAUUUCACUUCAGUUUUAGUUGUAAAAUGUCCCUGAAGGAGACAAACGAGGAGGUUGCUCUAAUGAGGAAGGGGGUCCACUGUCUCCCGAUCCAUCCAUGAUCAUCAUAUAUGGCUUUUCUUCUUUUCCUGUUUCUAAAAAUUCCAACAAAACUCUGGUGACCAUUGGCCUUAUAAAUACUAUGACCAAAUAAUGAUUUGACUGGAUGAUGUGACCAUCAAUAAGUUCUCUUAGCAGCUUCAAGGGGGUGGGGUGGGGGGGGUGGGGGGUCACAUUUGGUACACUCAGAGUUCGGUAAUGGGGACAUGAUGAGAUGGUGAGAUGUGUAUCAGAGCCAUAAUUUAUCUGUUUAUAAGUUGUUUUGAUGAUUUGGAACUGGAAAAUUUAACAAAUAAAACUGCAAAAACUGGG